AUAUUCUACUUCCGGCUAAUCAGCUUUUGAAGGUGGUUGGUGUGAGUUGUAGUUAUUGUAUUUGGAAGGGAUCAUUGCUAGCCGUUAAUUCGUCUUGAUGUUUGCAUGCAAUGUGCUAGAGAGGGGAUUAGAUUGAAGUGGAUGGUGUAACGCUGAAACAAAGAGUGAAAGAAGAGCUUGGCAUUCUCCUGGAUUUGAAAUUCAUCGAGAUGAGGGGAGAAGGGACGAAACUGAGGCCUUGGCUAAAAAUAAGUCAUUUGCAGUCAGAAGGUGAUCUACUUUUCAUUCUGAGGGAAUAUGCCACUAUGAAAUAAAAACUUAUGUGGAAUCCCUGAAAUGGCAAGGAAAAAGAACAUUGAAGGCACGAGCGUGCAGCGUGAAGAGAAAACAAUCGCCUUGCAUUGUUUAAGGUCCUCAAUAAUGGCAUCCAAGUGCAGUUUCAGGAAUUACUGAGAAAAACCGGUUCAUCAAGAUCACUUGUUGGAAGACUGGUGCGAUAACUUGUAGCCUAAUUACAACUGCUUCAGUUUGCUGUUAUAUUUGAAUCAUUCAAGACGAAGGUUCAAUUUGACCUGAAUACACUGAUCCAACUGGCGGGAAUAUCUGUUUCUGCAAAUCAAUAUUAAUGACGGCAUAGUUACCAUGGAUGAUUCAUCAUAUGAGGAACUUAAUGGGAAAUUUACAUCAGCCAGUAAAAUGGAAGAAAAACAAAUGAAAGCUAUAAAGGAAUUGGUUGAAACUGAAAAACGCUAUUUCACUUUACUACACCUGUGUGCAACAGAUAUCCGGAACCAUUUACAAUUCAAACAGGUGCCAGAGCUAGACCUGGAAGGCUUGUUUGGAGGUACUGAUGAAGUAUUACAUGUGUCCUCCAAUCUACUCAAAAAUUUGGAAGAUGCAGCCACUGGAAAAUCUGAUCAAGUCCUCUUGAUAAGUAAUGUGUUUCUCGCUUUCAAACAAGAGCUGGAAGACGCUUACAAAGAGUACUGUGCCAACUAUGAGAACAUGCUGCAACUCGAAACUAACUACAAGAAGAAUGAAAUUAUCUGGAAAGAAAUUGCAGAAACUCUAAAUGAAGUGGGUGCUCACACAGGGGCCAUAACAUUGACUUUCUUCUUGGUGACACCAGUCCAGAGGAUUGGUAAAUAUCCAUUACUUUUAAAAACUGUGCUGGAAAAUACAGCACCAUCUGAUGAAGGUUACACUGCACUAGAGAAAGCUACAGUGGCAAUGCAAGAACUAAAUUAUAAUAUCAAUGAAUACAAGAGACUAAAGGAAGUCGUAACGAAAUACAGCAGACAAGAAAAUCUUUCAUUAAGGGAUACAAUAGGCAGAAUAAACAAGCAUUCCAUUGCAAAGAAGGCAUCCAGACUCAGCCAAGUUAUUAAACAUGAAACAGGAAUCCUUCCAAAAGUAAAAGACAAAGAUUACGAUGAUUCAGUGAAACUUUUCUACAUAAUUGAAAAAAAUGUUACAACACUGAAGAAAAACACAGAAAGCUUCAUAACAAAUAUGGAGCAUUUUCAAAACUUAAGGUCUUACCAUUAUGUACCCAAUUUGGUGGAAGAACAUACUACCAUCUGCUAUCAAGAAUUUAUACAGAUACUCCAUCAGAUGAUAAUUCCUGAAUUUAAACGAAGACUGAAAUCAAUCAUUUAUGAACCAUUAUGUGCCCUCUCAAAUUUGUUCAGCAGCCCACAGCAACUCGUUAAAAAACAUAAUGAUAAAUUCUUAGAUUAUGAAAAAAUUCAAGAGAAAAUAAAGGAAGAAGGCAAUGCAUCUUACGAAGAGAAGGCUGCCGUAGAGACAUACAAAGCACUGCAUUCUUUAUUACUUACCGAGCUCCCUAAAUUUAACAGCAUUGUACUACAGUUACAUGCACAGAUUCUUCAAGCAGUUAUGACCAUUCAUCGUGACUUAGCCAACAAUGUGCUUCAAUUCAUCAGCCAGCAUCUGCAUGAGUUUCUAUUUAGCAGCAAAGACAACUUUUGGCAACAAACUGAAGAAACAUUGCAGAAAUCAAGUGUUAAACUGGAAAUGUUUUGCCAAAUAUUUGAAUCAAUGAUGGAGCAAGCUAUAGAACAGCCUUAUAAUGAAGAAAAACUGGAAACUCUUCUGAAAAAAUACAGCCCAGAAAAGAUUUAUCAAGUUACCAGUAAUGUUUCUGGAAACAAAGAACUUGACCUGACUCUUCAGAGAGGGGACCUUGUGGCACUUCUUCAGUCCACAGACACAAGAGGAAAUACAAAUAGAUGGCUUGUGGAUUCAGGAGGCCAUCGAGGAUUUGUUCCUGGUGGAAAACUGAGUCCACUUCAGCCUGGAAAACAUCUGAAUAACUUUCCACUGUCACAGUGCUCUUCUGUUGGUCACAUUGUGGAUGGAGCAAUGAGCAGAAGAAAAUCUUCUCCUUCACCUGAAAGACCUCUUUGCCUACUUCCAGAACCAAUGCAGUAUGAAGUUAUUGCAGCAUACCAGUUUACAGCAAGAGGACCUCAUGAAGCUAGCUUACAACCUGGACAACCUGUAAAAAUCCUGGAAGCUCACGAUAAGAAAGGAAACAAUGAAUGGUAUCUCGUUGAAGUGAAUGGACAAAGGGGAUAUGUGCCUUCAAAUUAUUUGGUGAAAGUGCCUUGCACUGGAUGGAGGAAAUCUUUUGCACUAUAAUAUUAAUAAUUAACAUCCCACAUUCAAAGAGUUGCACUAACUUGUUUUGCACAUAAAUCUGCAGCAGCAAAGGAGAUAUGAAGAAUUGUGAAAUACUAAUAUUGCUUUCCAAAAUCGCAUGUCUGUUAACAUUCAAAUGUGAGCUUUGUUUGUUUUGUUUUGAGGAGAAACCAAAAUUACAGUGAUGGCAUAAUGUAAUGAAGUUUGAAUCAGUAUUCAGAUUUUUAAACAUGUCCUAGAAUGAGUGCCAAAUUGUUCCCUCACAUGUAAAACAUUCAACUUCACUCAUGCACUUUUUUUAAGCUUGUGAAGAAUAUAGUUCAUGUUAGUUAUGUGCUUAAUGUUUGGCAUCAAAUAAGUCAAUCAUCAUUAACCAUAAAGUAAUCUAUAUAUUAGACUUUAACUCAGUCUAGACAAUGUGAUCUUAAUUUUGUCACUUUUCUGAUGCUUAAAACUUUCACCUUAUUCAGGUGAUUUCAAACUGUUCUCAAAGAUGCUACAUGCAAAUGGGUGGAACCAACAUUUUUUGGAUAGUUCACCCAGAGUUAAAAGUAGGUCAUUCUGCACUGUAAAGAAUAGUUUGCCUCUUAAAAUAGCAUGUAGGAAAGUUCUGUUUUUAUCUAAUGUGUGCUGUAGCUGACACUGGUGUGCUUUGUGCUUUAAUAUUUGAAGCCAAAUACUUCAUGGUGAAAUAACAAGGUGUAGAGCUGGAUAAACACAGCCAGCCAAGCAGCACCAGAGGAAUAGGAAAACUGAUGUUUCAGGAAGGGUCUAGGCCCGAAGCAUCAGCUUUCCUGCUCCUGUGGUGCUGCUUGGCUUGCAUCCAGCUCGACACCUUGUUACCUUAGAUUCUCCAGCAUCUGCAGUUCCUACUAUCUCUGAAACUACUUCAUUGUGAAAAUGGAUUAGGUUAGUCAGUCGGUUAAAAAUGUUCCAUUUCUGUGUACUGCCCUUUCUGACUUUACACAAAAAAAUAUUUUUUGAAGGAAAUAUUACACUAAUUGGAGUUUUAACAAGCUUGCACUUUAUCCUGAACAGCAAUUUCUUUACAAUGAUCAAUUGUAGCAUUGUAUUUUACAAUGAAAUAGAAGUUUGAUCAUGUUUACUUUUAUGUUAGAUUUGAAUAUCUUGUGUAAUAGAUUAAAGGAACACUAAAUUAA